UAUAAUAAUAAUAAUGCAUUUAUAGUAAAUUGCUCCAUUGACAAAAGACCCUUCCAUGUCUCAGAAAAUUCUCGUCACCAUAACAUGAGAUCAUUCCUACCUCAAGUAUCUUUGCAAUUUGAUGUUGCCAAAACAGUGAAAAAUAGUGUAGCAAAGUUAGUUGAUGUUUUUGUGGAUUCGUUCUUUGUAUUCAUUGACAAGCCAUUGCUUCCAUCUAAGAGUAACUUUGCUCCCGUGGAAGAGUUGAGGGAAGCCAUAAUUGUUAGUAGCAUCCAAGGACAAAUUCCAAAGGAUUUUCCAGAGGGUGUCUAUAUUAGAAAUGGAUCAAAUCCACUUUUUGGAGGACUAAAAUCAACAAAUUCUAUCUUUGGUAAGUCAAGUCACAUUUGGGUGGAAGGAGAAGGAAUGCUUCAUGCAUUGUAUUUUCAAAAAUCAAGUCAUGGAGCCUGGAAUAUCAUCUACAACAACAAACACGUCGAAACCGAAACAUACAACCUCGAAAAACAAAGAAACAAGCCAUUGUUUCUUCCUGCAGCAGAAGGCCAUUCACUUGCCAUUUUGUUUGCUUAUCUACUGAACUGGUUGAGAUCAGGCACAGUAAACAAAUACCUGAGCAACACCAAUGUGUUUGAGCAUUCAGGAAAAUUCUACUCAGUUGCUGAAAGUCACAUGCCACAAGAGAUUGAUAUAUUUUCCUUGAAAACUUUGAACAAUUGGGAACUCAGUGCAGCUUGGAAUCGACCUUUUGCGAGUCAUCCAAAGAAAGCUCCAACUACAGAAGAGCUAGUUAUAUUUGGUUUCUCACCAACAAAACCUUAUGUUGUGGUUGGAAUUAUUUCUGCUGAUGGAAGGAAGUUGGUUCAUAAAGUUGAUAUCAAACUAAAGAGGUGUAGUCUUUGCCAUGACAUAGGUGUUACACAAAGGUACAAUGUGAUCAUGGAUUUUCCACUAACCAUUGAUCUUAUGAGAGUUCUAAGAGGAGGACCAUUAAUGAAGUAUGAUAAGAAAGAUUAUGCAAGGAUUGGGGUAAUGCCGCGCUAUGGUAAUGCUGAGUCAAUCAAAUGGUUUGAAGUGGAACCUAAUUGCACCUUUCAUAUUAUCAAUUCUUUUGAGGAUGGAGAUGAGGUUGUAGUGAGGGGCUGCAGAUCACUUGACUCUUUAGUUCCUAAACCCGACCCGUGUUCGAAAGAAUUUGACUGCUUAUCUCGUUCUUACGAAUGGCGGUUGAACAUGCAAACCGGAGAGGUUAAGGAGAAAGAUCUCUGUGGUGAGAAAGUAGUUUACAUGGAUUUUCCAAUGAUCAAUGAAAACUUUGUUGGUAUUAAGCAUAGAUAUGCUUACACACAAGUAGUUGAUCACAUUGCAAGCUCUACCACUCAAGAUGUGCAAAAGUAUAGAGGUUUAGCAAAGCUAUACUUUGAAGAAGAAAUGGUAGAAAAAGAUGAAGGUAUAAAGGUGGGAUAUCAUAUGUUUGAGAAGAAUACAUAUUGCAAUGGAGCAGCCUUUGUGGCUAGAGAUGGAGGAGUUGAAGAAGAUGAUGGUUGGAUCAUUACUUUUGUUCACAAUGAGGAUACUAACAAAUCUCAAGUUCAUAUAAUAGAUACAAAGAAUUUCUGUGGUGAGACAGUUGCCAAAAUUGAAAUGCCUUGUAGAGUUCCAUAUGGAUUCCAUGGAGCUUUCAUGCCAAUCUUAUUCCAAGAUCAAUAGUUCCAUUUGUUUAUAUUACCAUUAUUUGAAAAUGGACCUACUGUAUUGUGUUAGUGGAGUAACUAAAUAAACUUUGUUUUAGGUAUAUUAGGAUUCAUAGUGUUUUUUUUAUAUGUUUAUCUAAACUGAAGCACUCAUGAUUCAUAGGAGUUGUAGUUCCAAAUAAGUUGUUGGUGGGUGAUUCAAAAUAUAGUUGUUCAAGCCAACAAUAGC